AUGGAUGCCGAGCGGGACGAGGUGCGCGCCUUGAAGGCGGAGAUCGCUGCGCUGCAGCGGGCUUGUGAUGUGCUGCCGGCGCCCUGGGAAAACACGUCCCGAAUUGGAAAAUCAUUUCAGGAAAUACACAAAUCAGAUGCUGAGGGAUGGGACUCUUCAAAAGACCUGAGAAGUCAGCUUGGACAUUUAAAAUCAGAACUGUCUUUUCUAAGUGUGCUUACUGGCUUCAAUAUAAGAAAUUACUCCAUGAAGACGGAGGACCUAACGAGCUCUGAGAUGGUAGGAAAGGAUAUAAAGAAAGUUCUACAGAGACACAGAUUAUCAGGAAAUUGCCACAUGAUUACAUUUCAACUUGAAUUUCAGAUUCUGGAAAUUCAGACUAAGGAGAAUUUAUCUUCUGUUAUUACUGACCUCAACAUAAUAAUGGAGCCCACAGAACAUUCAGAAUUAAGUGAAUUCGUGUCUAGGUAGAGCAGAGAAAGAAGAGAUUUGCUUAUGUUUUUCCAAAGCCUACAUUUUUUUGUGGAGUGGUAUGAAUAUCGGAAGCACACAUUUAAAUAUUUCAAGUUCAGUGCCAUGGAUGUCAAUAGCAAGAGUGGGUACCGCUGCAUCUGA